AUGGGUUUUUUAACUAUUUUGAAGAAAUUACGGCAAAAGGAAAAAGAAAUGAGGAUUCUUAUGUUAGGCUUAGAUAAUGCAGGCAAGACAACAAUUCUUAAGCGGUUCAAUGGUGAACCAAUUGACACUAUAUCUCCAACUCUGGGCUUUAAUAUAAAAACAUUGGAGCAUAGAGGAUAUAAACUGAACAUAUGGGAUGUUGGUGGCCAAAAAUCUUUAAGAUCAUACUGGAAAAAUUACUUCGAAAGUACAGAUGGGGUGGCGUGGGUGGUAGACAGUGCAGAUGCUAGGCGACUGGCGGACUGCGCACGUGAAUUACAUUCCUUGCUUAGGGAGGAGAGACUUGCGGGAGCAACACUGCUUGUACUCGCAAACAAAUCUGAUCUGCCUGGUGCCCUAACACUGCAGGAGAUUCGAGAGGCCCUAGAUCUUGACGGCAUCAAGACUCAUCACUGGCGUAUAAUCCGCUGUUCUGCAGUCACAGGCGAGAAUCUUCUGGAAGGAAUGGACUGGAUGCUUGAUGAUAUUGCGUCAAGGAUAUUUACGUUAGACUAA